CUUUGUGCUUUUUGUACUUCGGAACAGAUAAACAACCCAGUGAGCAGCGAUCGACCAAUGCAACACCAACAACAAGGCGAAAUAGUGGGGAACGAGGUCAAUUCAAAAGGGUUCUAAACCAAACAGAUACAACACACACUGACAACACUGACACGUUGAAAAUAUCGAGGGAUUUCUUCCAACAGGAAUUCCACGCAGAAAUGGAAGAUAUGAAACGUGUUGUACAAUUCUUCUGCACUGUUGUAACUCUAGGUUUCUUUUCGACUGGAGCUCUUACAUGUCUGAAAAUCCGAAGACAGAUGUCAGUUGGAGACGUGAAUGCUAUACCAUUUGUAAUGACAGCAUUGAACUGCAUUCUUAACAGUGGCUAUGGAGUUGUAGUGGAUGACGCAACAUUGUUUUUCGUCAAUGGCAUUGGGGCAUUGAUGCAUUUGGUUUAUAUUGCUGUUUUCUUCAUGUACCUUGAUGAUACCUCUGCUAAGAAAAAAUACAUUAAGAUAAUCGGAGCUGCUGCCGCGGUGUUGGCAGCCGCGUCUUUCUUUAUCGCCUACAAAUCGCAGUACUGCAAUCAAAAAGACAAUCUUGGAGUGACGUGUAAUAUUGUGACAAUCCUGAUGUUUGCAUCACCAUUAUCAACCUUGGGUAAGGUUAUACGAACAAAAAGCACAUCUUCGAUUUCUUUCCCCCUGUCUUUUAUGGUUGUUUUGGUGUCGGUCAGUUGGCUGUCCUAUGGGUUGUUACUAGGAGACAUCUAUGUCCAGAUUCCGAAUUACAUUGGUGCUGCUUUGGGUGUAAUCCAACUCUCACUGUUCUUCAUCUACCCAUCAACUGCCAGUAAAAUUCACGACGCUGUGGUCUAGUGGUCUUCUCUAGAGGUGGAAGGUCACAAGUUCGACUAACUUUUCCUUUUGCUUGCAACACAAAGUUUUUGCCUCAUUCAUUAUUUGUUCAUAAAUCAGCUAAUUUUAAGACAUGUAGAGUAAUGAUGUAGAAGGUGAGGAAUAAAUACUUCUGGGCGGUAGGUCUAUUUUUUAUUUUAAGUGCGCAAUCAGAUUUUAUCAGUUUUUGGCCCGUCAUCUCAAAUAAAGUAUUUCUGCAUUGUUUUGUGGGUGCGGCUUAUAAUCAAGGGCGGCUUAACUGCAGGGGCGUCGUAGCUGGGGGCAGGGAUAGGCACUUGCCCCCCUUUAUCAUCGACCAUUCGGCAAUUUGUCAGAAAUUUCGUAUAUGCUUAGCAAAAUAAAUUUUGUAGUUUAUAGAAAAGGAAGGAAGUUCAAAGGAACUAAUCUGUAUAAUUUCUAUAAAAAGGGGUAUAUAAAGAAAAAAGUUUUCCGAAGACCGUGAAUUUCAUGGUUAUUUAUUUUACAGUCUGCCUAUCCAAGUCUGUACAGGUUCAUUUGCACAGGAAAUGGCAAGCUUGCCUAUUUGCAUUACUAAAUUUGAGUGCCCUAUUUUAAAGCUAAAGCGUGUAAGAAACAGGCUGCGAUCAACAACGGGCCAAGAGAGGAUAAAUGAAUGCUCAGCCUGAAUCAUCUGACAUUCAGUUAUGAUGAAGUACUCAGCAAGUUUGCUGACACACCUAUUGUUAAAGAGACUUCUUAUGUACUAAAAAUCGUGCAGUUCGUUUUCUUGGAUUCUUAAGAUUUUAGUUAUUGUAAGAUUCACUGUUCAUCACAGAUACUGAUUACUGAUGAUUAUGUUUAUCUAAUGUUCGAAUUCAAAUGCUGGCUUUGCUCUGACAGAUAUGUUGAAAUCAGUAAAAUGUUGCUGGAAAAGUUACAUAUUGUUUGCCAUGUCUUUCUGCAUUUAAAAAACUGCGCAGGUGCUUGAAGAAGUCAUAAUUUUAAUUUAUACCCGUUCUCGGAAAAUAUGCAAGCUCUUUCCCCACUAAGAGUCACUGCUCACGUCGCCCCUGUGCUAAAUGUUUUAAUGAACCCAAUUUGUUGCGGCUUGCGAUCGAGGGGUAUGUGGCCACAAUUAUAAAAAUAGUUUUUGAGAAUUCACCCUCAAGAACUGUCCUACGGAGGAGAUUUCCCUUCCCAUCAUUCCGAGCAACGCACGUGCCAUCAAAAAUUUUGAACUUGUUUAAAAACAACAUGGCUUCCAAAUAAUUUCUUAUCGACGUCUGGUGUACUUUUCCUGGUAGAAAUAUCCUAAACAAUCAUCUUCGAGGCAAUUGAAGAUAAUCAACACGGUGUUCUUAAUUGUUUUAGAUUUGUGCAUAUAGGACAUCAUUGGUCAUGCGAGGGAGGCCUCUCUUUAAAGACAAUCAACGAGAGGCGAAGAUGGCGGCCAACCAAAGCCUUUUAGAAAACAAAGUCUCGUUGGGAUCCUGUGUUUCUGGAAAAGAAUCCAUUCAUCGAUGGUAGAAGAGUGGCAGCAGAGAGAGCAUGAUGAAGAACAGGUGGAUGCUGAUUUGGAUGGACAGAGUUGAAUAACUUAAGUAUCUGAUUUUAUAUCUUGUAAGUUAUUUUAUUUAUUGACCCAGGGCUUUUCCUACGCAUGUGUCCUAGGGGAGGGGGGGGAGGUGGCUAAAUAGAGUGGUUAAAUGUCUGCAGUGAUGUCAAUCAUCUAAUAAUCAAAAGGGGUUUAAAGGGGCUUCCUUGCGAUUUAUUUCAAUUUUAGUUUCUUGAAAUCAAAAUUGUAGCACAAUUCGAAUGCAACACUUUUCUAGAAACAUUAAAGAGGUAUUAACAUAUGGCGAUUAACUGUGCUACCUCUAGAUUUCUAGAUAUUUGAUAUUCCUUCCUUCCACCACGAUGUCAGCCCCACAUACCUUCACAAUGGCUACCACUAUACUCCACUGUACACACCCUCACCUUAGCUACACUACCAGAGUUUCACUCAGGCAUCACAGAAAAAAGGGGAUUUAGAAGCUAAGAAAGAGCCUUGUGACUAGGUGUAUUUAAUUCAUUACAUUUUGGGCAAAAGAUGAGGGGGCUAGUAGCCCCCAGCCGCUUGUUCCAUGAUGCAUUAGUUAAUUUCUCUCCAUAUUGGAAAAGUCAUCUGGUCUUCUUGCUAGUUAAUAAUCGAGAGUUUUUUAAUUCAAAUGAUUGCACAAGAUUUCGAAUAAAUAUUCUUGAGCUUCAUUGUGUGAAAAAUGCAAAUGCCUUCUGGAAAUUUCUGGAGUCUCGGUUUCCCCUGUCCUUAUUAUUAUAAUUGCCAAAAGUUUGUUUCCUAAAUUAACAUUUUGUAGAACGCUUAAAAUUGCAGUUUUCAAUUAAAUUUUUAUUAUUAGCCUAAAAGUGAUUUUCCAAAGUUUCACCCCAGCCUAUUGCAGCGGAUUGUUAAUAAAGUUAUAUGUGAUUGCAAUAGUUUUUUAUAUGCUCGUUAGAAUGAAACAUUUUUUUGUCUCCAGAAUUCUGCCUUAUGGGCUGUUUUUGACUCAAACUUAUUGAUUUUAAAUGAAAUUGCUAGUAAAAUGUUGCUAUACAUAGACCUGCCAUAAAUUAUAUAAUGUUGUAUGGUGCUGUGGUCUAGUGGUCUUCGAGGUGAAAUCCAAAGGUGAGGGGUCACGGGUUCGAUUAACUUUUACUCGAAAAUAUUUUUCCCUUCUUUAACUGUUCAAUUUUAGCUAAUUAUAAAGCAUUUUUAAGUCCCUUGGAGUCAAAAAGACGUAUCAAUAAUAAUGUUUUUUUCCCGAAGUGCUUCAACCAACUACGUUACUUGUGUAGCAAAGUAUUCUACCCUAUAAGCGUUCCCCGGUUUACUAGUUUCGAACAUUGGAGAAUUCUCAAAAUUCCUAGUUUUGUACAAGAAACAGUCAAAAAAAUAUUUAUUUGCUUCUUUAUUAACCAGAUAACAUAUUUACAAAGUUUGUUUAUAUCGCAGAAUAGCAAUGGUAGCCUUGCAACUCUCUAAAAAAGUAAAAUAUACUAGCACUUGUUACCCUUGCUGACCAAGCGACCCUGUGGUCCGGUGGUAUUAGCGGGUGACUGCUAAUGUCAAAGGUCAUGAGGUCGCGGGUUCGAAUCCCGGCUCAAGCGCUGUUUUUCCUCCAAAAAUUCAAGCGGCAUUCACGUGGAGAGAUGGACAUUGGAACAAUGGAAGGACAAUGGAACAAUGGGAAACAAUAGGAAUUUCCAAAACAAUGGGCAUUCAAAAUGGGAAAAAAGAGCUGGGAUUCGGACGGCGCAUGCGCUUCCCGGUGGGCGGUAGUCCCCGGCUCCGGACAUCCGGAGCUGGGGAAGACCGCUUACCGGGGGAUACCUACGGAGUUGUAGGCUGGCCUCCGACUGAAAAGUCAGGGGGACAUGCUCGUCUCCAAGACGAAAUGUAGGGGGACAGUCUGCACUCCAAGAGAAAAUACAGGGGGAAGGUUCAAAAAUUUUUUUUAAAAAAAAAUUUACAAGUAUAAAGGGUCCCCCACUCCGCCCCGCCAUGCUGGGCCUCUCCCACGGAGUGCCCCAACGCCCCACCUGCACUGCAAGAUCCUGGUGGGGCCCAACCAGUCAUUCUUCGCUCCAUCUAUCUUACCAUCACUGCAGGCUGCCCUUUAUCUCUAAGGUAAGAGGAUUUAUUUUCUCCUGCACCAUCUCUUCGACUGCCCGUCAUUUUAACAAGCAUAUUGUACAACAAAGAACCAGUAUCAAAACUCAUCUCCUAAGGCCUAACCUAGCCUAUUUCUGAGGGGUAAAUCAUAUUGCACCAUUUCCCCCGUUGCUGCAAGACACCAUUGGCUUACUGGGGGCACUGCCCUGCAAACCUAAAACAGACAACCUAACCGGCCGAAAGAUCACACUGCUUUUAGGGGAAAAAAUUGAGAAUUUUUGUAAACAGUGCUAAAAUGCGCACUCCUUGCAGGUUGAUCCGUGUGAGAUGUGAGAGGUGUUGCAGACCCGUUGACCAAGACUACCAAAGCCUACCUACCAGCAACUUUGAUAACUUGACUAGUAAGGCCACUGUUCACAACGUCUACGCGCCACCCAGCAUUUCUCGUCAUUGCCCGGUACGUGCCAAGCACACAGAAAAAUCGUCCCGUUGCAGUGUUAUGGACGAGGGGAAAUUUGGCAGCGAAUGGUCGAAAAGAGCCUAAGCGUCGGCAGUUCAUCACGCAAUAUACUAACCAUAAAAAAAUAAAAUAGUUACUUAAAAGACUGAGAGAAAUAUAACUCAGUGAAAAUAUAUUGAUAAAACAGGUUACAAACAAUGUACUCAGAAGUUAUACUUAACAUAGAAUUAUUUAUUAAAAAGUUUUGAGAAAAGACAGCAAAGGGUGAUGAAAAAACAGACAAAUUUUAGUCCAUAUCAUGAAAAAGAGUGUUCGAUAUUUUUAAGGAUGUGAAAAUCACUUUUGAAAAUACAGAAAUGCAGCGAACGAGUUUUUGAAACCCCCAAAAAAUAAGAAAACCCUUCAGGUAAAAAAGGGGCAAAGUGAAUUGCGAAAAAUAUUUGGAUUCUUCUGAAAACGAGAACAGUUUUGGAUCAAUUACAAAUUAUAUUAUCAAAAUUUGCAAAACAUUUUAAAAUAAAAAAGGGGGCCAAAGAAACUUUCCUAGCUUAGCGAACCCUCAAAUCAUUGACCAAUUAUCGAUCUUGAAAUAAGUUUGAAUAAAAUAAAUGUUGUGUACCUACAACGGCUUUUGCGUAAAAAUUUUACCAGAAAAUUAAUGUAAAAUGAUAGCAAGUUUGCUAAUUUGGUACAGAAACAAAUGCUAAAAACUAGAAGGGAUUUUUUGAAAAAUGAGAAAAAGCACUUUUGGUUUUAAAAAUGUGGGGGAAAGAAAGGGUAGAAGAUGAGAAAGGAACUAGUAACAGUAUAAAUGAAAAUAUUAUUAAAAAGAGAUAUUUAAAAUAAAUUGCUAUUUAAUACGAACAAACAUAACUAUAUGCCUAAUUAAUGAAUUUAAAGUAGAUUAAUUUAAGAUCAGUUGGCUAGGAUUAUAAAUACUAUCUAGUUAUUUAAAUCUUUUUGAGUUUGUGAGAAUUUGACUAUGAAAAAUAUUCUCCUGCCCUGCAAAAAUUAUAAAAAUUUAUUCUUAAGAGCUUAGUACGUGGCUAUUCAUUCUUGAAUAAAAAAUUAGAAAAACAUCAAUGAAUCUUAUUGUUUUAAUCAAACCUGAGGUUAUUACUCGCGAAUAUUUAUAAAGAAAUUUUUUUAUUUCAUCAAGGAAAAACUAGCUAUUUAGUUUAUUGGGUCUAUUCAUAACCUUGAGACUUACACAAUAAUAAUAAUCAUAAUCAUCAUUUCGAUUACAAUUAUAGAACAUUAUCAAUAAUAUUAUCAAUUGCUUAGAUCUAUACAUCAAUUUUACGGUACGUAAAAGGGAUACAUUAGGGAAAUUCCUGCCCCAGUAAUUAUAUUACGUAUCAAAUUACUUUCAAUACUUUAUGUAACUUUAUAGUUCCCUCUUAUUUUACGUUAUUAUUACUGAUAUCGAACUAAAAGUUUCAUUUUACCCGAUAAAUCUAAGUGAUAGGUUAAUGAAUGAUAACUUAAAAUUAGUUAUUAUUGUAACUUUAAAUAAUUGCUUAUAAAGAAUUACUUAGUUAUUUAAUCCUACAAAAUUAAAAAAAUCUUACACUAAUAAAUGAUAAAAGGCGCACAUAAACGUAAUGAACUGCAAGGUUACCUAUUCAACAGAACGUUUCGCCGUACCCUUGACCGAUAGGGUAAAUUAAAUAAUAAUAAAAAGAACUACAUAUACCAAAGACCCUCGCACCCGACUAGAGAGCCAGGACGGAUCAGAAAUUGCUAUCCUUACAACACAACCCCGAUCAACACUUUUAGUUGCUAGAUUGCAGCCUUUCGUUUCCAUUGCGGCACUCCCAUUCACCAAGACAUCGUUGCAGCAAAGAGAAUACUCUAAUACAAUAUGAUUCACUCGCCGUUAAAGCUACCUAUCAUUGGAACAGCCACCGAAAACAUUGCCCCCUCCCGGUGUUUGAAUGUAAACAAAGCUACUUAUUUAAUGUCCCCAUGUAUUUAAUGUAUGAUGAGUUUGGAUCCUGAUUAAAUGUGUACAAUAUACAAGCAAAGAUGACAAGCAAUCGAAGAGAUAGUGGAAGAGAGGUAAUAAAUCCUCUUACCUUGGAGAUGAAGGACAAACUUGCAGAGACGGCAAGACAGGAUGAAGCGAAGAAUGACCAGCUGGAGCCCACCAGAAUCUUGCAGCGCAGGCAGGACGUCGGAGCACUCCGCGGGAAGAGGCCCAGCACGGCGGGGCGGAGUGGGGGUGUGUCCGCACAAACAUUCACUGUUCCCAAUCCCUAAUACAAGAAGCCGUAAAGAGAAUGUGCAGACACGAUGCAGGUGCAAAAACGAAUGACAGAGCUUUCUGGCAUUCCCGAUUUUUUCAAAUACUGAACCCAGGGUAAGAAGUAUUGAACCGAAUUAUAAAUGCUUGGGAACCGAAAACAAUCCAGAAAAAGGAACAAUUUUUUUAUUCGAGAGUCAAGAAAAAAUCGCACAUAGAAAUAGGGUCGAACCUGACCAGAACCUGGAAAUUCUAUGACACUAUGGCAAAUAAAGGCACUUUUUGUGUCCUCUCCUGCCCCCCUUUUUCCGGCAUCAACUAAUCUCAAGUAUCCAAGCAAAGCUAACUGUAUCCAAACAUGGCAUCAACUAACUCCAGCCUCAACACCAUAAUGUGGUGCUUACCUAGAUUACCUAAAUAGUUAUUCAAAAAUCAAAGAUCCCAUAUACGUUUAACCAAAUAAAAAAAUCUAGCCUCAAAACAUCUGGAACGCUAAAAGGAAAUUUUUGUAAAAAUAGAACGGCUUUCCUAUAACAAAACAUUUUAGCAUUCUAAGUCCAAGAAAAUGAUUUUGUUUUUCAUAGGCAAAAAAACUUCCAAAUACGAUUUUUACUGAAUGAAAGCGAAAAUGGAUUCCUGUAAAGAGCAAAGUUUUCCUCUCUAACUCCCCCACCUCUCUAAAUCUCUGAUAAUAUUUUGGAUUGCAAACAGGAUUCUUUAAAGGGUAAUGGAAACCUGUUACAACACGUUAGGAGCAAAUGGUCGGUGAUUGUGAAAUGAGAGCCCUGCUUGUAACUGACUUUAAACGGAAGGGCCACCCUUGCCAUUGGCUCUAUCAUAUCGAUUUGCACCUGCAUUUGAUUAAGUCUAAUUACAAACACAACAUUUUACAAAGUCUUUCUAGAAUGAACCUCCUUCCAUCAUCUGAAAAUUUGAAGCAAACUAUCCCCAAAUUUUUAUCGCUUCAAGCACUAAUAUAAAACGCGCGAGAUGAAAAGUUUUGGGUAAAAUGUGACGCAUGGCUCUAGCAACAGACAUGAUUUUCUGACAAUUGCGAGCAGCAUCUCCUUUGGUGAAGUUCAUCCUUGUUUCCUUCUGUUUUUGUGUCUGUCGUUUGGCAAUUUGAUGAAAGUCACAGGUGAGGAAAGAAAAGAAAGAAAAUAGGCGAGAAAGUAAUAAGCUUUAGAUAAAAAAAUAUUUCAGAAAAAACUUUUAAAAAGGGGAAAAUAAAGGAAAGCUCUUCUUCAUUUAUUGGCAGGGAUAAUUAAUCAAUGAGGAAACGGCUAGCAAAAAUCAGUUUGGCAUUAGAAACAGCCUAAAAAAGAAAUUUUUCUCUCCACUUUCACACUCAAAGCACAACCUAGUUUAUCAUAUCUAUAUGCUUGGGAAUUUUGGUAAACGCAUCUUGCUUUUGGCGAAAACGGAAUAGUGAAAUAUAAAUGGUAGAAUAAACAAUUUUUUACAAAAAAAUCAAGCAAACGAAGUUUUUAAGGGCAGUGUAGAUAGAAGUAAAAAAGUUGAAAGAACUAUUGAAAAAUAUCAGACAGAUAAGGAGAGAGGUAGGCGUGAAUGUGUAAACGAUCCUCUCGAAAGUCUGUUUCAUGUUGGCACUGUUGUUUCCAGUUUGCCUACUGUUGCACACUUUGUCCAAGCUGCAACACUUUUCGAAUGACGCUGAUCCUGGUGCUGAUUCUCAACUUUGAUUGGUGUUGAUUUUCUGAUUGUCAAUGAAUUCCUCCAAGAUUGUCCUCCUUUUAAAUGACGUUGAUCGAAUUUCGUAUCCUUUCUCGUUUAUCUGGUCUCUUCUGGAUAGCAGCACAGGGUGGGCUAGUAUGACUUUUCUUCAAUCCAACAUGAACAAGCCAACAUCUCAAGUCCAGUCUCAAGAACCGGCACCAAACGACCACCCUAUCACGUCAACGCUGUUUUGGUUUAUAGUCAAAAAGCGCCCCCCUUUGAAAAUGACCCCCCCCCCUUGAAAAUGAUAUUCAGCUGAUUGGAAGGAAGUUCAGAAUUGGUCAUUCAAGCAGCUUUUCAUACCUAUUACCUAACUUUUGUUUAUAUGUCUACCUUCGGGAUAUGCACCUAUCAAAAUUGACCUGCCAAGUUCACUUCACUCAGUCUUUGAAACAAACUUUUAAGUAAAUGGAAAUAAUUUUGGAAAACAAAGGUGCAUAAAGUAAUAUCUGUAUGCAAUAAGCCUAUGACAUGACUUCCUGGCAUUCCCAUAGUAAUUAUCCUGUUAUAACAAGCCGAAAAUAUGAAUAAAAACUGAAACCUCUGCUAAAGGAUAGUCAACCUUUACCUAGUAAAUUUUAAAAUUGUUUUAGAGGAAUAGAAAAAUAUCUUGUAUAGAAAAAUGAAAGAUUUUUUUGGAAAAAACUUAGGGCUUGCAAAAUAUAUAAAGCAAUUGGCCUUAACCCCAGGACAAAACUAAACAUACUGGGGAACCUCCAUCAAGUUUUAUUUUAAAUAAAUUUGAUUUGAAAAUAUUGGACCUUGUUUGGUUGAAAAAGCUGCUCAAAUGACCUUUUCCCUUAACGGUGGAAUAAAAAUGCAGUCAAUGCUGGCAAGCACAUAUCAAAAUAAACAGUAGUAAUUCACCCUCAAAAACUGAAAGAUCAAAUACAUGCACACACAAGCAAAAACAGUGCAAGCUUCCCAAGUUUCAUAUUCGUGCUCACUUCUCCCUGAGCGUAGCCUGGUAAAAGUUUUCUCUAGGUAAUAGAAUGCCAUCAAGGUAAUCAGUGGGAUGGAGGCUUAAAUUGUUCCCAAAGAGAGCUUUUGCCAGCAAACACCGCACUUCUAACCCAUUCACAAUCAAAAUUAUUUACAUGAAUGCAUUCUGUAUCAUCUGUCCAUCUUCUCAACAGUUCUUCAUUUGAUCUUCUUUGCUUCAUCUUCUUGUGAACAUCCUUUUGUGCAUCUUCUUCUUCUGCAACGUCUUCUUCUGCCUCUUCUUCUUGUGUAUCUUCCCAAGUGAAGUCAUUCCUCAGAACAACUGACCUUUAAAAUAAUAAAAAACGUUCAAAAAAUGUUCAGGAAGUCAACGGCGAAGGAAUGAAAGAUUUAGCCCAGCGUAGAAAAGAGAAAAGAACAUGUAUGACAUUCCAGUGCGAGGUUAUGUGUAAAACCUUUUGCAAAUCAAACAUAAUUAUAACUUAUCCUUCAAGAUCAAGUAAAGUAAACUAAUUUUUAAGUAAACUAAACAGAGUGGCAAAAAACUUACAUCUUCUUCGAAGAAAAAAAAUUAUAUAAACAUCUUAGAAUAGUGAAAAUACUUUUAUCCACAAUAAAAGUAAGGUUAUUAUUAGCAAAAUAUAUGAAUUUCACUCACCAAUGACUUCCUCCUUUGGUUGACAUCAAAGCACAUGGUGAUGGUGGAUGUGGUAAGAGUUGACUUCAAUUUCAGAGCAAUCACCACUGAAACAAUGACCUGUAACACAAAAAAGUGAUGAUAAACAUGAACCGCUUGCUUGUCUGUUUGCUAAAAAAACAAGAUGGACGAAGAAUGCAUCUUAAAAAGGUGUUUGAGACAUCAGUAAACCUCGAAGCGCAGUAUAUAUAUAAAAAGUAAAAAUGCAGUAAAUUCAAGAGAAAUAACAAUCAGUUUGAAAAUCAAGUUCAUUGAUUGAUCAUCUUAGAUAAAAAUUAAAAGCAAAGAGAGGCAAAGUAUUCGGUAUAUAACAAAGGCCAAAAAUAUGACAAGAUGUCUCGUGUCAGUUAACUCAAAAGAGAAGAAGAAAAAAUGGAAGAUAUUUAAGAAAAUAUGCCAUUAAACAGAAAACAUUUCCAUUCUCAACGACAAGUCGGUUAUUCUGUAGCAUAAACUUCGACUUUAACUCACCAAUUACUUUCUCUCAGAUUAGUUGAAAAAAUCAGGAAGCAAUUUCUUUUCACUAAUCAUGGCUGCAAGAUGAAUCGAAUCCAAAGUAACUGGAGACGUUCUAUCCGACAGAGUUGAUUUCGAACUUCAGAAAAUAGUCUUCUGGAACUGAAACGCUUGUAACAAGAUUUGAUAACCAUUGCCUUUAUCAAACAAGGUCAUGAAGAAAUGAUUCCACAGCAAAUUCAGAUAAUAUUCUCAAAACUUUAUACAGUGCCAGUCUCUUUUAUCGAACGAGCUGAAACAAAUGAAAACGAUGGCUUUAUUAUGGGUAGACUUCUUCUGUAACUGAAAAAAUCAAAAAGAAAUAGGAUCAAUUUUCAAACCAUAUCGGAGAAUAUAAGGAACCUCAUUGUUGUAAAAGAUUUAUUGAAGUUGCCAAAAACAAGCUAUAUGAUUGAAUUUCUUAACUAAAAAUUGAUAGGAAAAAUAGGCAGAAUAUUUGAUAUGAAACAACGGCAAAAAAAUCAGAACAUCUCUCCUAUCAGCAAACUCAAAAGAGAGGAAGAAAAACUAAAUAGAUUUUUACAGAAAAUGGCAAAAAAUUAACAAAAUUUCCCUUCUUAAUGACAAGUCGGUUAUUCUGUAGCAUAAACUUCGACAUUAACUCACCAAUUACUUUCUCUCAGAAUAAUUCAAGAAAUCAGGAAGCAAUUUCUUUCCACUCUUCAAUAAGUGGCUGCCAGAUGAAUCGAAUCCAAAGUAACUGGAGACGUUCUAUCCGACAGAGUUGAUUUCGAACUUCAGAGCAUAGUCUUCUGGAACUAAAACGCUUGUAACAAUAUGUCAUAACCAUUGCCUUUAUCAAACAAGGUCAUGAAGAAAUGAUUCCACAGCAAAUUCAGAAAAUAUUCUCAAAACUUUAUGCAGUGCCAGUCUCUUUUAUCCAACGAGCUGAAACAAAUGAAAACGAUGGCUUUAUAAUGGGUAGACUACUUGCUUCACUGCAAAAAUUCAAAACAAAGAAGGAUAUAUUUGUCACAGAGCAACAAAGAGAACAGCCAUCCUUCCUUUAAGGGUAUCAGCAAUCUCAUUGCUAGAAAUAUAUUAUUGGAGUUGGAAAAAGCAAGUUAAUUGAUUGAACAUCUUAAAUAAAAAUUAAAAGCAAAGAGAGGCAAAGUAUUCGGUAUGUAACAAGGGCCAAAAAUAUCACAAGAUCUCUCGUGUCAGUUAACUCAAAAGAAAAGAAGAAAAAAUGGAAGAUAUUUAAGAAAAUAUGCAAUUAAACAGAAAACAUUUCCCUUCUCAACGACAAGUCGGUUAUUCUGUAGUAUAAACUUCGACUUUAACUCACCAAUUACUUUCUCUCAGAUUAGUUGAAAAAAUCAGGAAGCAAUUUCUUUUCACUAAUCAUGGCUGCAAGAUGAAUCGAAUCCAAAGUAACUGGAGACGUUCUAUCCGACAGAGUUGAUUUCGAACUUCAGAGAAUAGUCUUCUGGAACUGAAACGCUUGUAACAAGAUUUGAUAACCACUGCCUUUAUCAAACAAGGUCAUGAAGAAAUGAUUCCACAGCAAAUUCAGAAAAUAUUCUCAAAACUUUAUGCAGUGCCAGUCUCUUUUAUCCAACGAGCUGAAACAAAUGAAAACGAUGGCUUUAUAAUGGGUAGACUACUAGCUUCACUGCAAAAAUUCAAAACAAAGAAGGAUAUAUUUGUCACAGAUCAACAAAGAGAACAGCCAUCCUUCCUUUAAGGGUAUCAGCAAUCUCAUUGCUAGAAAUAUAUUAUUGCAGUUGGAAAAAGCAAGUUAAUUGAUUGAACAUCUGAAAUAAAAAUUAAAAGCAAAGAGAGGCAAAGUAUUCGGUAUGUAACAAGGGCCAAAAAUAUCACAAGAUGUCUCGUGUCAGUUAACUCAAUAGAGAAGGAGAAAAAAUGGAAGAUAUUUAAGAAAAUAUGCCAUUAAACAGAAAACAUUUCCCUUCUCAACGACAAGUCGGUUAUUCUGUAGUAUAAACUUCGACUUUAACUCACCAAUUACUUUCUCUCAGAUUAGUUGAAAAAAUCAGGAAGCAAUUUCUUUUCACUAAUCAUGGCUGCAAGAUGAAUCGAAUCCAAAGUAACUGGAGACGUUCUAUCCGACAGAGUUGAUUUCGAACUUCAGAGCAUAGUCUUCUGGAACUGAAACGCUUGUAACAAGAUUUGAUAACCAUUGCCUUUAUCAAACAAGGUCAUGAAGAAAUGAUUCCACAGCAAAUUCAGAAAAUAUUCUCAAAACUUUAUACAGUGCCAGUCUCUUUUAUCCAACGAGCUGAAACAAAUGAAAACGAUGGCUUUAUAAUGGGUAGACUACUUGCUUCACUGCAAAAAUUCAAAACAAAGAAGGAUAUAUUUGUCACAGAGCAACAAAGAGAACAGCCAUCCUUCCUUUAAGGGUAUCAGCAAUCUCAUUGCUAGAAAUAUAUUAUUGCAGUUGGAAAAAGCAAGUUAAUUGAUUGAACAUCUUAAAUAAAAAUUAAAAGCAAAGAGAGGCAAAGUAUUCGCUAUGUAACAAGGGCCAAAAAUAUCACAAGAUCUCUCGUGUCAGUUAACUCAAAAGAAAAGAAGAAAAAAUGGAAGAUAUUUAAGGAAAUAUGCAAUUAAACAGAAAACAUUUCCCUUCUCAACGACAAGUCGGUUAUUCUGUAGUAUAAACUUCGACUUUAACUCACCAAUUACUUUCUCUCAGAUUAGUUGAAAAAAUCAGGAAGCAAUUUCUUUUCACUAAUCAUGGCUGCAAGAUGAAUCGAAUCCAAAGUAACUGGAGACGUUCUAUCCGACAGAGUUGAUUUCGAACUUCAGAGCAUAGUCUUCUGGAACUGAAACGCUUGUAACAAGAUUUGAUAACCAUUGCCUUUAUCAAACAAGGUCAUGAAGAAAUGAUUCCACAGCAAAUUCAGAAAAUAUUCUCAAAACUUUAUACAGUGCCAGUCUCUUUUAUCCAAUGAGCUGAAACAAAUGAAAACGAUGGCUUUAUAAUGGGUAGACUACUUGCUUCACUGCAAAAAUUCAAAACAAAGAAGGAUAUAUUUGUCACAGAGCAACAAAGAGAACAGCCAUCCUUCCUUUAAGGGUAUCAGCAAUCUCAUUGCUAGAAAUAUAUUAUUGCAGUUGGAAAAAGCAAGUUAAUUGAUUGAACAUCUUAAAUAAAAAUUAAAAGCAAAGAGAGGCAAAGUAUUCGGUAUGUAACAAGGGCCAAAAAUAUCACAAGAUCUCUCGUGUCAGUUAACUCAAAAGAAAAGAAGAAAAAAUGGAAGAUAUUUAAGAAACAUUUCCAUUCUCAACGACAAGUCGGUUAUUCUGUAGCAUAAACUUCGACAAUAACUCACCAAUUACUUUCUCUCAGAAUAAUUCAAGAAAUCAGGAAGCAAUUUCUUUCCACUCUUCAAUAAGUGGCUGCCAGAUGAAUCGAAUUCAAAGUAAAUGAAGAUGUUUUAUCCGAGAGAGUUGAUUUCGAACUUCAGAGCAUAGUCUUCUGGAACUGAAACGCUUGUAACAAUAUGUGAUAACCAUUGCCUUUAUCAAACAAGGUCAUGAAGAAAUGAUUCCACAGCAAAUUCAGAUAAUACUCUCAAAACUUUAUGCAGUGCCAGUCUCUUUUAUCGAACGAGCUGAAACAAAUGAAAACGAUGGCUUUAUAAUGGGUAGACUACUUUCUUCACUGCAAAAAUUCAAAACAAAGAAGGAUAUAUUUAUCACAGAUCAACAAAGAGAACAGCCAUCCUUCCUUUAAGGGUAUCAGCAAUCUCAUUGCUAGAAA